GUUUUAUCCCAAGGUUUUCUUUUCUUUCUUUUGCUUGAUUUGGGUACUGAAAUAAUCAAUAUGCAAACUUGGUCUUAACUAGUUCGCAAUCAACCAGCAUUGCAAUGGAGAUCUACGGCCGCCACUUCGACAGCAGCGAAUCCCAGCUUCCGCCGGGCUUUCGAUUCCAUCCCACCGACGAGGAGCUAAUCACCUACUACCUACUCAAGAAAGUUCUCGACAGCAGCUUCGCCAGCCGCGCCAUCGCCGAGAUCGACCUCAACAAAAGCGAGCCGUGGGAGUUACCUGAGAAAGCGAAGAUGGGGGAGAAGGAGUGGUAUUUUUUCAGUCUGCGCGACCGCAAAUACCCGACUGGGCUGCGGACGAAUCGGGCGACCGAUGCCGGGUACUGGAAGGCGACGGGAAAGGACCGGGAAAUUUACAGCUCCAAGACGAUGUCGCUGGUGGGGAUGAAGAAGACGCUGGUGUUUUACAGAGGGAGAGCUCCCAAGGGCGAGAAGAGCAACUGGGUGAUGCACGAGUUCAGGCUCGAGGGCAAGUUUGCCUACCACUUCUUAUCAAUAUCCUCCAAGGACGAGUGGGUCGUUUCUCGCGUCUUCCAGAAGUGCGGAAGCGGGAAGAAAAUCCGCCUGGGCCUCGCCAGCGGGCACAUGUCCGAAUCUUCCGCGGUUACAGGCGGCUGCGGUUCCGCAUCGCCUUCCUCCAUGCCACCGCUCCUCGACACGUCUCCGCUGCAGCCUUCGGCCGUAGUGCUCAAGGCCCCCGAUCGCGAGAGUUGCUGCUCCAUCGAGAGCGCCGCCGAGAGGGAGGCGCCCGUGCCCUGCUUCUCCACCGCAACCUCUCCCGCCGUUUCCGGCAUGGGCGUACAUUAUGCACAAGCUUCUCCGCACAUCUUUGGCCAUCCAGCUGCUGCCGUGGGCUUCCCGAGCCUCAAGUCAUUGCAGGAGAAUCUCCACAUGUCGUUCUUCUUCGCCGGGAUGUCUGCGCCGGUCGGAUAUGCCGCUCCGGCUGCGGCGAUGGUGGCGGACGCGGGGGCUGGAUGGAGGAGCGACGGCGCCCGGUGUCCAUUCGAUGCCGACAGGAAGCCGGAUUCCGGUGCCGGGCCGCGGGCAACUCAGAUGCCGAUGGGCUCCACCGAGCUCGACUGCCUUUGGAAUUUCUAAUCCCUUGCGUGCCUUGCUAUUAAGACUGCUCAAAUCUACUUGUUGUGUGUACUACGUAGUACCGAUCGAUCGUGUGUUGUUCUCGAAUUAUUGGAUUGU